CUUUUUAACGAAUGUACAGUUAUGAAGUCUACAUUCAUAGAAAGAAAAAGCUGUGGAUAUUUACAUUAUCCACGAGAAGAUACAUAUAAACUCAUUGUUGCCGCUGAUAAAGUUUUUAAUUUUUAUAAAUUACAGAAUAAUUUGUAUAAGAAAAAUGCAUGCCAAGAAAUAAUUAUAAAAACAAUACGUAAUAUUGAUAUGGAUAAGAUUCUUAUGAAUUAUGAAGGGAAAUUAAUGAGCCAAAAUAUUGAGUACAUCAGACAUCAGUUUACAAAAAUUAUUUUAUUCAAAGGAAUGAAAAGUGCGAUGAUAGUUCUAAUAAUGGCCGUGUUUGGUACUGGCGGCGCUGCAGAUGUUCAUAGAUGCCCAAAGUCAUUGCUAGCAGUCCAUAGUUAUAUAGUCAAAGGUCCGGAGCCAUAUAUUGAACUGUACUGAACUGACCUUGUUCCGUUCCUCUAUGUACGAACCUUGGACAGUGUAACCUCUGACAUCGUCCUGCUGUUUUAAAAAGUCCAAAGGUCUAUGGUCAAGACGCGAACUGCGACAUGUAGAACUCGGAAACAAGCAGCACCAGUUAUCAAGUAUGUUACUGAAGUCACCUGUCACCUUUGAUAUCCAUUUGUUCAUUGUCAAUUCGUAAAUUGCUAUUUUUAUGCAUCAUCAUGUACAAAACAUACGAAAAAGGUAUGCAUACGACACGAGCCGACACGUCCGAGAGGCGAUUCGAGAUACAGUGUAAAUUAGAGUCAGAAAUCGCUGCUCUGGAGGCUCUGAAAGAGGCGGAGGAACGUAGCCGACGAUUGACAAACGGUGUAGUGGGAAUACUUUCUUCGUUGGAAGAACGUUUAGCUACAUUGCGUCGCACGAUACUUCCUGUUUACAAUGAGACAGGAAAUCUCCAAGCUCAGCAACACAUACCGUUGAGAGUCAACCUGUACUUACAUAUUGCAGACAUAGAGAAGACUCUGAGCGUGCUGGAUCACGCUAUUGGAUAUUAUGGUGUUUGUCAAGAAGUGGAAGAUGCAGUCCGUGCCGAACCGAGUGGUCCCAGUGGUUUGGACGGUUUUCUCGAAGCCAUGAACCGUUUGUAUAACGCGCAACGGUACUUCCAGAAAAACAACCCUAGCUCUGUCGAAUUGGAGAAUGUCACGAGUCUCUUCUCGAUCGGCCUAGAAUCGCUUUAUGCCGAAUUUCAUGAUAUCCUGACACGCCAAAGUAAACCGAUCUUACCCAUUGUGCUGUUGGAUCUGAUCGGUUCUGACGAGGACACUAGCGGUGAGGAUGCGCCGCAGUCUUUGUGUCAGUUGCCAGAGAGUGUUACGAGCGAUUUGCUUUGGAUCGCUGGAUGGCUCGAGGAAAGAGGACAUCGUAAACACAUAAAGAUAUACGCUUCUGUGCGUUCCGCCAUUGUCUCGAGAUCGUUACAACUGCUCAAGGAACAUCAAAGGAGCGCCAGUGGUGGUAGCACGCACGCGGGAAAUCCUAUGCCGAGAGCUAAAUUCGCCAAUCGGCAUUCGCUGGGAGGUCAGGAGAACGCGGGACGUAGAGCGUCUCGUCGUCUACAGCAUGUUCUGGAGAAGAAAGCAAACAGAAUGUUGUUGAAAGCAUCGCAGACGACGGGGUUGAAUCUGUCAUUGACGACAUCCAGGAAACCGACACCACAGCUCUCCGUGUACUCGAUCGAGGACGCAGCACCGGACGAACAGGAGAUGGAGAAUUAUCUCCUAUUAACAGCAGGCUUACACAAGCUCAUGCAGGCCGAGCGAACGCUAGUCGCGAGGAUCUUGCCGACUUCGUUGCAAGCUCAAGUGCUCGAGGCUACCGUUCGCGACGCGAUGGAUCUCGUUGCGCACGAUGGGGAUAGCAUAGCCACACGUGCCAAACGAUGCAUCUCGAGACGUGAUUUCUCCGCGGUUCUCGUAGUAUUCCCGAUUCUAAAACAUCUCGGCGAAUUGAAACCAGAUCUCGAGAGAACGGUCGAGGGCUGCGAUUAUGCACUUCGCUCCAAGUUCGCCUCAGUACUCGACACGUUGAACGCAACCGGUGCCAAAGCCUUGGAAGAUUUUGCGGAAAGUGUGAGAAACGAAUCCGGUGCGGCUUUACCGAAAGACGGCACUGUGGCGGAAGGAACUAGUAAUGUUUUAGUUUUUCUGGAACAAUUGGCUGAAUAUGCAGACACGGCCGGUGCUGUUCUUCGUCGUAAUACUGACAUAGAUCAAGCUAUAUCGUCCGGAAAAAAUGCAGGAAAUGGAUAUAGAAUGAUCCUCGGCGUAUAUGUCAAAAAGGUUCUCGCUCAAUUGAAUCUGGCCCUAGUGAGUAAAAGCGAUGCGUCUUACUCCGAUCUUGCUUUACGAGCUUUAUUUCGGCUAAAUAAUCAUAAUUAUGUGGUUAAUGCUCUACGUCGAAGUUCUCUUAUGGAGCUGCUACUACUAGCCGAGCCGAGUGCAGAACAGACAUAUCACGAUCUACUUUUCAAGGACAAAAACAAUUAUGUCGCUACAACAUUUGCCAAAGCACGAUCGUACCUCGAGCAAUCCACAGAUGAAGCAGAUCUUGCCGCCAAAACACUGAAGGAGAAAUUUUUGGGAUUUACGAGAGAACUCGAGGAAGUGGCCAAAUGUCAACGUUCUUAUUCUGUACCUGAUAGACGUUUACGCGAGGAAUUAAGAAAGGAACUGCACGAAGCAAUCGUUCCUUUAUAUAUUGCGUUUCACACCAAGUAUCGUGGCGUAUCGUUCUCGAAGAAUCCGGGUAAAUACAUCAAGUAUACGCCCGAUCAAAUUUCGGCAUUAAUUAAUACAUUCUUCGACGCUGCUGCGUAAUACAAAUUGUAUUAUCGAGAAGAUUGUUCUCGAAAAAGAAUAGUAAAAAUAAUUUAAUAAACACCCAUUUAAUAAAGCAUAUUUAGUUACAGUA